UACAUCCCACUGGUGUGCAAAGUUUUCCUUCAGUGGUGUGUUGAGAAUUGUGAUAAAAUCUGUUAUCUCAUUGCUCAUUUUUCUUUCAUGUGGUUGGUUUGCAUUCUUGGGAUGGUGCCGUUCCCAGAGACAACUGCACAGAAAACGAAGGAGUAACCUCUGGACUACUUCUGUUAGAGUUGAGGUGACACCUGUUACCACCUCCAGGGGAGGAGUUCCACCACAUGGAGAAUAGCAAAGAGCAUAACAGUGCCUGCCACCAGGAGCAGCAACACUAGAUGUCAACCCCCUUCACGCCUUGCAAGAGUCAGCGUCGCCAAGAAAAACACAACUCACACACAGACACUGGGUGGAACAUCACUUUACUGACAUAGACAAAAGACAGAGAGCAAGAUGCACCAACCAAGCUGCAUGAAACUCCCCUGGCAUUUGCCCAUAUCUGUCAUCUCUAUGCGUCACACCCUGUUGAUGGAAUUGCUUAAGUGCGUCCGAUGUGCCAGACCUGUGCAAGAUGGCAAAGCUCAGGAAGAGAAUAAAUAAAAGUGCUGCUGUGUUCAAAAAGCCCAGGAGAAGAGACCAUGGAGACUUUGACCUCAAGACAUGAGGAGAGAGCAAUUCGUUCUCAAGCCUCAGCCCCUUCCGAAGAAGGAGAGGAUAAGACCAAGUUUCAGGAGUCGUUGACGUUCAAGGACGUGGCUGUGGUCUUCACCGAGGAGGAGCUGGAACUGUUGGACUCUGACCAGAGGAAGCUGUACAGAGAUGUGAUGCUGGAGAGCUUCAGGAACCUGGUCUCUGCGGGGCAACAGCCUUUCAAAUCUGGGAAGAUAUCCCAUUUGGAACAAGAUAAAGAAACCUGGGUGACGGAGAGAGAAGCUCCAGCAGAUGCUUAUCCAGGAGACAAGCAUGAAAAGGAUAUGGAGUAUAUUCAAGAAAAAGAAUUAAAAGUCCUUUUACACAAAGAGCUCUCUUACUGGAAACUGUGGGAACAGGUGACGGGUGAAUUAACUGGGAGUCAGGACCACCGAGGGAAUCUUCAAGGGAAAGAUUUCCAGUUUUUGGAAGAUGCUUCUCGCUGUCAAGGGUGGGAAGGCAAAUCUAAGGGCUUUCAGAUUGAGAAUGUGGUGGACAGUCUUCAAGGGAAUGGCCCCAUCAGUGUUGAAAAUCAAGGGUUUCCAGCCGGGAAAGCUGUGAGCCCGGUCCCCAUUCAGGAACCUUGGGCACUUGUGAAUGAGCCUUGGAAUGUUCAAGGAAGCUGUAAAAAAGUCACCACGGAAGAUACACUGUAUAAAUGUGAUUGGGAUGAUUAUGGCUUCAGCUGGAUAUCCCAUUGCCGCGAUGAUCACUACCCACCUGAAGGAGAGAAACCUUAUGAAUGCGAUGAGUAUCAAACUCACUGUGUUGACAAGGCAAUACUUUAUCACCAAAACUCUAGCGAGAAUGGCUUUAAAAGUGAGGAAGGUGCAAAUGGCUUCAGGGAUGAUUCAAACCCUCCCACUCAUCCACAAAUACACUUGGAAGAGAAACCCUAUAAAUAUCAGGAGGAAGUGAGGCAGAGUGCCUAUCCUGACAGACAUCAAAGCAUCCCCUUAGGAGGGGUAUCAUCUACAAGUGUUGAGUGUAGUCAGGGCUCCAGGCAAAGUGUUGACCCUCUUAAGGUCUACACAGGUGAGACGCCCUACAAAUGUGAUAUUUGUGGGAAGCAAUUCAGGUAUAAGUCUGUUCUUCUUAUUCAUCAUGGACUGCACACAGGAAAGAAACCCUAUGAAUGUGAGGAGUGUGGUAAGACCUUUGGUCAAAGCUCCAACCUGCUUGUCCAUCAGAGAGUCCACACUGGAGAGAAACCGUAUAAAUGCAGCAGGUGUGGAAAGGACUUCAAUUACAGCUCCGUACUUCAAGUCCAUCAGAGUCUGCACACAGGAGAGAAGCCCUACACAUGCAAUGAGUGUGGUGAAGGGUUCUGUGCCAAUUCUGCACUCCGUAAGCACCAGCAUGUCCACCUAGGAGAAAAACUUGAUAACUGUGGUGAGUAUGGAAAAGAAUUGGCUCGUAGCUCACAUCUUAGCAGUCACCAAAAAACACACACAAGAGAGAAAGCCUACCAAUGUGAUGAGUGUGGUAAAAGUUUCAGUUACAACUCGUACCUUCAAGCUCAUCAGCGAAUUCACACAGGGCAGCGCAUCUAUGAGUGUGAUGUGUGUGGUGAGAGUUUCAGUUACAGCGCAGGGUUCCUCAUGCAUCAGAAACUGCACACAGGAGAGAAGCCCUUCAAGUGUGAGUGCGGGAAGGGCUUCGGCCGAAGCUGGGACCUCCAAGUCCAUCAGAGGGUCCACACAGGAGAGAAACCCUUUACAUGCCUCGAGUGUGGGAAGGGCUUCUGGCGGAUUUCAGACCUUCAUAGUCACAAGAAAGUCCACACUGGAGAGAGGCCCUACGUAUGUGAUGUGUGUGGUAAAGGCUUUAUUUUCAGUUCUGACCUCCUCAUUCAUCAGAGAGUCCACACGGGAGAGAAACCCUAUAAGUGUGCUGAAUGCGGCAAAGGCUUCAGUUAUAGCUCAGUACUGCUCACUCACCAGAGAGUCCACACCGGCGAGAAGCCUUAUAAGUGUGAAGAGUGUGGCAAGGGCUUUAGGUGCACCUCAAAUCUUCACAAACAUCAGCGAGUCCACACGGGAAAGAAACCCUAUACGUGUGAUGAGUGUGGCAAGGGUUUCAGUUAUAGCUCUAAUCUUCGCACCCAUCAGAGAUUACACACAGGAGAGAAACCCUAUAAGUGUCUGGAGUGUGGAAAGGGCUUCAGGUUCAGCUCGGGUCUGCUCAGCCAUGAGAGAGUACACACCGGAGAGAAACCAUAUAGAUGUGAUACAUGUGGAAAGAGCUACAGUCAGAUCUCACAUCUUUAUGGCCAUCAGAGGGUCCACACCGGAGAGAAGCCCUACAGGUGUGAAGAGUGUGGGAAGGGCUUUAGUCAAAGCUCCUCUCUGCAAGUUCAUCAGAGAGUCCACACAGGAGAGAGACCCUAUAAGUGUGAGGAGUGUGGAAAAAGCUACACUCAAAGCUCACGUCUGCGAAAUCAUCAGAGAGUGCAUUUUAAGUGAGAAAUGUUAUUAGUAGAUGUAAUUUGAGGACUCUAGAACUCAAGACUUUAUAUGUAUUUUCAAGCCAAACCAGGAAAAAGACUUUAUGAAAGUAAUGUGUAUGAAGGGCUGCUGUAGAGGCUGAACUUUUCAUAGUCAUCAGCUCAUCUGCAUAGGAAGGGAAGAUCUGAAGUUUUGACAGAGUAAGCACUUUAGUCACAAACUUCAGUCUUCAAGAGUCUGUUACACAGCAGAAUAAUCCUUAAAUAGCACAUGUCUUAGACGGGGUUCUCCAUGGAAGCAACACCAGUGAAGCAUAUGUAUUAUAUAAUAUAUAUAUAGCAAGCAGGAGAGAGAUCCAUCUCAAUGAAAUGGCUUGUGUUUGUAGAGGCUGGCAAGUCCCAAAUCUGUGGGUCACGCAGCAGGUAGGAGGCUUCUCCUGACUCACGUAGCUGCAGGGGCUGACAAACCCAAGAUCGGUAGGUCA